GAUCGUAAUUUCGUGAACAUUUUCAAUUGCGGGUUUGUUGAUUUGAUAUUUUUAUUGCUGCUUCUUCGAUUAGACUGUUCGCUAGCCAGCUGGGUGACGUAGUUUAUUUUUAUUUACGAACGUCGAUUUGUUUGUACACGUUCGCCAGCUAGAGAACUACGACUGAGCGUGCACCUGGUUUUAAAGGUGUUGAGUAAGUGAGUUGAACAAUAUCGAGCUUAUAAACAAGACGAUACAGUAAAGCUGUUUGUUUCAACUCUAGUGUUUUGUUCGUCGUGUGAUUAAAUUUUCUUCUUUAACAUUUGUUUUGUUAAUUGGAUAUUUCUAAAUAAAAUACAAACUAAUAAGUGAAUUUUAUCAUGGAUCAUCACAAGAAAGGCAAGCACAACAAAGAACACAAGAAACACAAGGACCACACAAAAUAUAGUGAUCCCCAUUACAAAGGAGGCAGGUCCUCCUCUUCUUCAAGCAGCAGUAGUAGCAGCGACUCUGGAGAUGAACAAAAAAAGCAAAGAAAGUUAGAAAGGAAGUUGAGGAAACAGGGUGGGCAUCACGGAGUUCAUGGGUAUCCUCACAUGCCGCAACCAGGACAUCCAGGCUACCCAGGACAGCCAGGCUAUCCAGCUCAACCGGGCUAUCCAGCUCAACCGGGCUAUCCAGCUCAACCGGGCUAUCCGGCCCAGCCGGGCUAUCCAGGACAUCCUGGGCAGUCAGGCUACCCUGGACAACAAGGAUUACCUGGACAUCCUGCGCCGUAUAAUUCAAAUCCUCCGUAUCCUGCAUAUCCACAGGGGCAGCCAGGUGCGUCCCCAUUUACAGUUCCUCCUGGUAGUGGUGGCUACCCCAUGCCUCAUAAAUGAUGAU